CACUCAGUGUAGUUUACGUAGUACAAGAACUAUUAUUCUCCUCUGGGACAGGUGGACCAAAGGGGAACCCUCUUUUUUACACAUCACCGACUCCUUCCUGCCAGCCACUUGGUGGGGUCCUAAAGCAGUGAAGAGGGCUCCCUCCCUCCGUCCAUGCACCCCUCUACCCUCGAUCCGUGGGCUUAAUUCGAGGGUGAUAUUCCGGGUCAACGAAUGAUGACAAACGUGGCACCACAUGAGAUUUGAGAAACACGCAAACUGCAAACUAGUGUCUCUAACUAAAUACGUACAUGCUUGAGCCACCAUGAAAGUGAUGUGGAGUGUUUUGGUGAGUGUGGCCAUUCAUUUCAUCGGUUUGAGUGAUGCUAACAAGCCCGUGUUUGACCUGUCCAACAACAUGAGACUCGUGCUAUUGCCCGCGGAUACCAAACUGGGUACGGUCAUCUACAAACUGCGGGCUUCCGAUGCGGAUGAGGACUACCCUUUGCAGUUCAGAGUCUCAGGAGACGACAGCCACCUGAUCGACAUCAAGAACAUUGACUGUACCAAGACCAUCUGUGAGGCGGAUGUGAUCCUCUUGAAGCCGCUGAGUCGGACUCGAACUAAAUACAACCUCAGUCUGGAGGCCAUCGACACACGGGGAGAGAUCACCAUGGUGGAAACCGAGUUCGAACUCACUCCUCAUCAAGAAGCGUUCAUAGGGGCUCCGAGAAUUGUUCGCAUUGCCGAGACGACCAAAGCCGGCUCCUUGAUCGAGUCUUUCAUCAUCAUGGAGAACCCGGACGUGUUCAGGGGCAUCUCAUGUCAGCUUUUGCCGGUGGGCGCCCGCGAGUACUUCUCCAUCAGUCCAGGGUUGCCGACGGCCAUUAAAGGCGAGAGUCGGUGCGAUUUGCGGCUCGAAAAAGAGCUCGACUACGAAUCACGGUCUUCCUUUGUGCUCGAAAUCAUUGCCGAGAAUGCUUGGACGGAUACCAAAUACGACACUAGGAAUGUCGUCGUCCACGAAUUCAUCGUUGAAGUCCAGGAUGUCCAGGACUCGGCCCCCUAUUUUCUCGAGGCUCCUCCCGUAACCCGGCUGCCCGAAACGGCUGAAGUGGGGGAUCGGGUAUUAGAAGUGAAAGCCUUUGAUGGGGAUUACGCCCAUCCACGAAGGAUCCGAUACGGCUUGGAUCCCAAAGAGCGCCCGUUAAGAAGCUACUUUCAGAUCGAUUCUGACUCAGGGAUCAUCACGGUGCGCAAGAAUCUCCAGGACAUUGAAACUAGACCCAACACACCCGUGAUAUUAAGGGUCUUGGCCGAGGAGAUCCCGAGUCAGCCCGGGGAUCUCAAUGAAUCGACGGCCAUGUCCAAAGCUGAGGUCGAAGUGGCGGUCAUCAUUGAUGACGUCAUCAAUAGCAAACCAAGAUUCCUGCAAAAUCACUAUACCACCAAUCUAGAGGAAAACGCCAUCGAAGGGACGGUGUUGGUCUUCUCCGGGGAUUUGGACAUUGUGGAAGACACGGAUAAGGGCGAGAAUGGAAAAGUGGAACUGUUCAUUGAAGGUGACUUCGAGGAUACGUUUGAGAUUUCACCGGCAAUCGUGGAGAACCGAGCCCAAUUCCGGAUCAGUGUCAAAAGCAACAAGAAACUGGAUUUCGAGACACUUCAAUCCCUCACGUUCAAGAUCACUGCCAGAGAAUUAGGGAUCAAUAAAUUAAGUACCACCGCUACGGUCACGGUCAAUCUGAUUGACGUGAACGACAACGCUCCAAGGUUCGUCCAGGACAAAUACGUUUUCAACGUGUUUGAAAACGAAGCCCCGGGGAAAGUGCUGUUAAAGGUGGCGGCAACCGAUCCAGAUAGCUUGGAGAAUGGAGCCAUCCGAUACACACGCCUUAUUGGCGAUGACCCUGUUAUUGAAGGGCUGCGCUUAGAUCCGGUCUCCGGGGAGAUCUCGUUGGUCAAGAACGAAUAUCUUGAUCGUGAGACUAUCGCAAGUCAUACCAUUGGAGUAGAGGCGAUAGAUCGAAAUGGAGAGCCUGGAGGACGGAGUGCCCAAGCCACCAUUGUGAUCAAUGUCGUGGAUGUCAAUGACCAACCACCCAUAUUUCUCAAGAAGAAAUAUCAAGGCUUCAUGAACGGGGAUCUCACGAAAUUGCGGAACGACUUGCAAGUGGAGGCCAUCGACAAGGAUCAAAAGAACACCAAGAACAGCCAUAUCAGAUACGAGAUCAUCAAGGGGAAUUACGACAAGAAAUUUGUCAUUGACGAGGUCACGGGAGUGAUCAUGGUGGGCGAGCCUCUGACCAAUGAUAUCCGAUCCCAAAGGAGAUUUUCCCGACAGAACGGAAUCAACGACGACGAGUAUCAGGCCUUGAGCGCGGUGGAGCCGAUCAUCACCCUGAUGGUGCGGGCUUAUGAUCUGGGCAUUCCGAGUCUAGAUGCCGAGGUGCCCGNUUUGUUUUUAGGUUGUGAAAAACAGCCAAAAUAA